AUGAUAUCUGCUUUCUCAUUUAGAAUACCAAAGCCGCUACUUGUAUUAAUUAUUCCUUUGAAUUUAGUAUUAAUAUUUGGAAUAAUAGUUUAUAUUGCUGAAAUACCUACAAGUGACUAUGUGGAUAGAGACAUGAUCAAUCUGGGAUUUAGACAACUCACCGAGAAGUUUGAUUUUGGAUAUUUGAAUCAGAAUGUUUCGGACAGCGAUUUGCAAAAUGUUGAUACGUACAGCAAAUAUGGUUAUAAAAUAAGACCUAAUAAUGUAAAAUUUAAGUUUGUGAACCCAAAAAUAAGAUAG